CAAAAGCACUGCAGUCAUCGAGGGAAAUGUGAAAUAGGUCUUUACUGCUAUCCGGGAAUAAACUUACCAUCUUGGAUCAUAGGAAUGCCACUUAGGCAUUUCACAACUUUGUUUCUAAACAUACCCAGGAACAUCUAACUCGUCACGGUGUCGGUGACAUUGCCAAAGCAUUGAGUUCAGGGUUUUUGAGUAGGUAUUCUUCUAUCUACGGUAGAGCGUAAUCCAAAAGUAUGCCUGUAAAGUAAGUGCUUACAUUACUUGUCCAGGGGAUGAGUCACCUGUUGCGUUCCUCUCCUUCAAGAAUCUGAAGCUUCAUUACUACUCUUCAGCGAACCUCUUGAAAUACCAGACAAAUAAGCUGGUAUGGGGCUUUAUCAUCACUGUAGGUUGAAUUUCUGCUUACGUGGAAUAGUACAGAGUCAGAUAUGUAAUGUGGCUCUAUACUCAGUGAAUCAGAUUAUCAUUUGCCAAAAGGAAACCUUUGUUCCAGCAUGUGCUUGUGUAAAUUUUUUACUGCAGUAAAAUGAUGCAAAAUAAAUUCUACAAGCAAACUAUGCAAGAGACUCUGGUCUCUGCUGUUAUCUCCUCUGAUUGUCCAUCAUCCAGCUGACUAUCUAAGCAUGUGGUUGUAGAGUCGCACAUCCUUUCCCGGCUCAGUUGAUGUGUUAAACGGCGUGAGUGCUCCGUUUAAGGUUAUCAUUAACCUUUUGGACAAGCUGAGGAACUUUCUCACUGGUAGGGAAACACUUUUUUCCAUGUGAGGAGAGUGCAGCAGCAGAGCCCGUCGCUCAUAGAGGUUGCGCAGUCUCCAUCCUUGGAGGUUUUCAAGAUGCAAUUGGAUCAAGCCCUGAGCAACUGGGUCUGACCUCACGGCUGCCUCUGCUUGAGCAGGAGGUUGGGUGAGAGACCUCCUGAGGUCCCUUCCAACCUGAAUUAUCCUGUGUUCCUAUGAUCUGUGCAGCAGCAGCAUUUCCUUUUGCUACCCGAGUGGGAACUACCAAAGCAUUUUGAUUCUUACAACUCUGUCUCCUAAGCAGUUAGCUAUAUAUGCCAUAUAUAGCGCAGGGCAGGCAUAGGCACUUUAUUCAAAUUUAUUGGUUCCAGUGCCUGUUCGAGUGCUUUAAACUUAGUAGUAACAAUGCAGAAUGCUGCAGGUUCCGAGUCUUUGUUCUAGAUCUUGUUGUUACAGCAGUGAUAAAUCACUGUCACACACUGAGGAAAUAUAACUAAUUGUUCAUGGGGACCCAAAAGAAGAAAUUUUAAGAAGGAAUUUUAGGAUUUAUGGAAAGUGUUCACAUUUUAGUUGUCUCUUAUUUAUCUUUGUUUUUUGAGGUGUUAAAGCAUUCAAGUAAUUGUCUUUAUCAAAUUGAGCCACUGGAUGGAGUACAUAAUCCAUGACUGUUGUAAACCAGUAACUUGAAGAAGCACUGCAAUAUAAAGCACAGUGAACGAGUUAAAAAUGAUACUUAAUGUUCAUCUGUUUAUUUGUUAGGGAAGAAAUUAUAAUGCUUGUUCAAAUUUUCUUAAACUGAGUUCUUUAAACUAGCCAGAAGAAAAAGAUAGUAUAUUCAGUGUGUGGAUCUUGGGAUUUUUCAGUAUGUUUAUGCAUGUUACACAUGUAAGUGAAAAGGUUUUAUUUCUGUUUCUAGUCAAUAGCAGAAGCUUUGAAAUCAUGGUGCCAUUGAUGUCAGUGAUACCUUCAUUAUCACUAACCUUGGCUGGGAAGAAUUUUGAGUGUUUUUGUCUAGAUUUAAGCUUUUUCCUUGCUGUAGAAGACCAGAAGGGAACAGUGAUUAUAAUUUGCUUUCUACUUAAUUUCUAACAAAAUAUUUGAAAAUCAUAUUCUAACUACAUUUUCUGAGUCUGGAAAUUAACUGUGCUGUAAAAGAAACCUUAGUGAAAUUUAAGAGGAUUUUGUUAUCCUUAGAGUUUUCUUAAUUUGUAAUACUUCUGUCUUUGUAGAAUCCUUCAAGUUCCAGCUGCUUAUUCUCCUGUUGAUCCAGACGCACCACCAAUAUUAUCCAGCUACUUCAUGAAGAAAUGCAGCCUUCAAUAUAUUCUUGUUGAGAAUGACAAAAUAAAUAAAUUCAAGAUGUCCCAUGAGGGCUGGUUUCACCACAGUUCUUCCACAAUAGAACAUAUUGGUUUAACUCUCUUCCAAAUUAGCUGGAGCAGUGCUGAUACAAGUUCCCAACUAGACAGUGUAAAAAUUAAAUAUGAACCCUUCAAAGCUAUGGGUAACUUGCAGCCAGGUUAUACUGUCUGCCCAGAUCAACUUGAAGUAAAGAUGUCGAAAGGAGGAUACAUGGACAUUGGCCAGAAAUACUCUUUAGCGUACGUCUUGCAUACAUCAGGAACUACGGGGAUCCCCAAAAUAGUCAGAGUACCUCAUAAAUGUAUAGUGCCAAAUAUUCAGCAUCUUAAAUCCAUAUUUGAGAUCACACAGGAUGAUAUGCUGUUCCUGGCUUCUUCUCUAACGUUUGACCCAUCUGUGGUUGAACUGUUCAUUGCUCUGACAAGCGGCGCCUCUCUUCUUAUAGUACCAAACACUAUUAAAAUGAUGCCUGUGAAGCUAUGUGCUGCUCUAUUUCAUCACCAUCGUGUGACAGUGUUGCAGACAACGCCAACACUUCUCAGAAGGUUUGGAGCUCACAUUAUUAAAUCAACCGUGUUGUCUGCAAAAACUUCACUCCGUGUCUUAGCCCUUGGUGGUGAAGCAUUUCCUGCACUGAAUCUCUUGAAAAGUUGGAAGCACGAGGAGAACAAAACAAGUAUUUUUAAUCUGUAUGGUAUUACUGAGGUGUCCAGCUGGGCCACUUGCUACAAGAUUCCUGAAGAGGUUUUUAGUGCUGAUUUUCGAAAUGAUUUCCCUGUACCUUUGGGUUCACCGCUUCUUGGAACAGCAGUUGAGGUCAGAGAUACCAGUGGUUCUGCAGUUCUAGAAGGCGAGGGACAAAUAUUUAUAGGUGGUGAAGAACGGAUCUGUUUUCUUGAUGAUGAAAUAACUGUACCCUUUGGCACAAUGAGAGAAACAGGGGAUUUUGUAAGCGUGCAGGAUGCGAAGAUGGUCUUCCUGGGUCGGAAAGACAAUCAAAUUAAACGUCAUGGCAAACGAUUUAAUAUUGAAUACUUGCAGCAGACUGCGGAAGAUCUUCAUCAGGUAGAAGCUUGUGCGGUGACCUGGUAUCAGCAGGAAAAACUUAUCCUGUUUGUUGUACCUAAAGACAAUUUCGAAGAGAGAGAAACUCUUAAAGAACUUCAGAAACAUCUACCAACUCAUGCAGUCCCUGAUGAACUUGUACUGAUUAAAGCUUUGCCUUUAACAUCACAUGGCAAAAUUGAUAUGUCUGAGCUGAACAAGAUUUACCAGAACCAUCUAAACUCCAGAAGACGUGACAGAAAGCUGAGUGGCGUAGAGGAAUUGUGGGAAAGACUGCAGUAUUUGUGGAAGUCUGUUCUGGGUCUCCUAGAUGAUUCCACAGAAAUUUCUAAAGAUUCAAGAUUUCUCUACAGUGGUGGAGACUCCUUAAAGGCUCUAAGAUUUUACGAAGAAAUUGAGAUUCUAGUAGGCAGAGCUGUUCCUGGGCUCCUUGAAGUUAUUCUCAGCUGCUCGAUUGAAGAGGUUUAUACACAUAUUCUUAAAACUCUGUUUCCAAGUGAAGACCAAUUAAUGAGUUGUGACAAUGUUGCGAAAAGGAAAUUAAGUGAGAUCAGUGGAGAAGAAUUCCGUGGAAAGUCCAUUAAACUGAAAUCUGAAAGAUACUUUGAAGUUCCUCCUGGGUUAAUUUCAUUUAUUGCACUGAGCCGAGGAAAUCGGUUGUUUUCUAUGAAUUCCUCCAAGUCCUUUACGCAACCCAAUAAUAUGGUGCAGGUAGGAAUGGAACUGAGACAACAGCCAUCCUUUCUGCAUUUACUGUCACCAAGCGCAAGGAAAAGCCAAGAGCAAGAGUAUGACAUGGAGGAGAGCAGAAGUUUAACAGUUACCAACAAGGCAAAUAAAACCGACACUUGCUCUAUACAGCCAGUCCAUGCAGAAUGUAGUCCUGGAACAGUGGCUAAGUUGGCAUUAUGCAUAAGAUGGAAGUCAAAUACAAGAAAGUGUGUUGAUGCAUCACCAUUGGUUAUAAUACCAUUUACAGAUGAAGUAUCUGCAUCUGUAUAUGUUGGCUCUCACUCUCAUACAAUGCAGGCAAUUGAUCUAGAUUUGGGAGAAAUAAAGUGGGAGAGGAAUCUUGGAGAUCGUAUUGAAUCUUCUGCCUGUGUAUCUACGUGUGGACAAUUCAUUGUUGUUGGCUGUUAUGACGGCUUAGUAUAUGUGCUCCAAAGCAGCGAUGGCGAAAUACAUUGGACUUUUGUCACAGAGGACGCUGUGAAAAGCUCUGCGGUUGUAGAUCCUUCUACUGGAUUAGUCUAUGUAGGAUCGCAUGACCAACAUGUGUACGCUUUGGAUAUUUAUAAGAAGAUGUGUAUAUGGAAGAUCCAUUGCGAAGGUGGAGCUGUGUUUUCUUCUCCUUGUCUAAGUUUUUUUCCACAUCAUCUUUAUGUUGCUACACUAGGAGGACUAUUAUUGGCUGUAAACCCUGCGACUGGAAAUAAGAUUUGGAAAAGCUCCCUGGGAAAACCACUCUUCUCCUCUCCUCACUGCAAUGAGAAGUAUGUUUAUGUUGGAUGUGUGGAUGGAAACUUAUAUUGUUUGACUCAUUCUGGAGAAAAGGCUUGGCAGUUUUCCACUAAUGGCCCAGUGUUUUCAUCUCCAUGCAUCUCAAGUUUAACUAAGCAAGAAAUAUUUUUUGGCUCCCAUGACUGCUUUAUCUACUGCUGUAAUAUGGAAGGUAGUUUAGUGUGGAAAUUCGAAGCUACUGCAAGUGUAUAUGGAACACCAUUCGUUUUCCAACGUGAUGACUUAAAGAACAAAAUUCUUUUGGCAGCGGUAUCUACAGAUGGCAAAGUGUGGAUCCUGAAUGCCAAGAGUGGAACAGCAGAAGGAGUAGAUAAGCUCCCAGGAGAGAUUUUCUCUUCCCCUGUAGUAUGGGGAACAAAGCUUGUUGUUGGCUGUAGAAAUGAUUAUGUUUAUUGCCUAGAUUUGUAUAUAACAGGAAAAAAAGAACAGCUAAAAUGUUAGGCUGCUUCCUUUUAAUUGUUUACAUUUGUCAAUUAAGAACGCACAGGUGCUCUCUACGUCUCUGCCUAUUUUACAAUAUUGACGAUAGAUGCUCUUUGCAGACUUCUCAGGUAGCAUUUUUGUACCAAGCAAUAUCCAGAGUACGAAAAGUGAUGUUUACUGACUUGUUGUACUGACUGAAGGAGGAUGGCUGCUCAGCACCCAGCCAGUGGUUUCACUGUUCCUCCCUCUUUUUUCAGCUCAGAUUCAUAAAAGAACUAGUGUUUCAGAUGGUAUGGAUUUGAGUGUUAUGCUUUGACCUGUGUAGCACAAGAAUGGAAGUCAGAAGUUUGGCUUCAAACACGUCCAGAAUUGGGAGAUGCUGCAGUAAUGUGCCAGCCUCUGCAAUUUGGAAUAACAUGCUUGGCUCCUUGAGGGAAGAAUUUAUUCCUUUCUUGGACUCGAGCUUAGCCUGCACCCUGAGGUGCCUUUGCUCAAGUGCCUAGCUCUGCCAUGCAGCAUACCAACCAGUUGGUGGUUACCCAGUGUGAGUGUGGCUUUCUAAUCUGUAGCAACGUAACAAGAGUCUUUUGUUGAAUCUAACUUUUAAAUUGUUUUUAAGGACAUAGCCUGCAUUGCAUAUCCUUGGGGGUGAUGUUUAGAGUUUGUAUAGUGUAUAAUUUGUAUAAACAAAAAUAUUCAUCUCUUGUGAGCCUUAGCUCUUCUUGGCUCCAAUUCAACCAAGCAUAUACCUAAAUUCAGUUGAAGGCAGCAGGAGCUACUCCUUGUAUUUUAGAGUUGAGCAAUACUUACGUGUGAAUACUUACUAAAUUUCAAUGACAGUUACACAAUGAGUUCCAAGAUGAAGCGUGUAGUGGUCAAAUCAAACCUUGUUCAAGUCAUUUGUGAAGAAAUUUGAAUGAAUGUAUGUAGAAUGUCUUUACAGAGAACCUUAGUAAAGCGUUGUGUAAAUUUGUUGUUGUCUUUAACACCUUAAAAAGAAUUACCAUCAGGGCUCACUAAUGAUAAAUCAAAAGUACGCUUAGCUCCAAGCAUCUUCCUCAUUACAAAUGUCUUUUAAAAGACUCUGGUAGAAACUGUUUUAUCCUUGCCUUUGAUGGGUCAUCUACUUUGAGUUCUAAAAUCUUGAAUAAGUAAGUGGUAAACUAGAAGUUGCACUGGCUAUGUUGCUUCAUCAUGUCUUGUUACUCAAUUUUAUUGUUAGCUGAAAUGCAUUGUAAAGAUGUUUGUAGAAAUAAAAGUUCUAUUUAUGAAGUGAAACUACUGAACCAUACUACUAACAAAAGAAUACACUGAAUACAUACAUCAUUAAUUAGAUAAUUUUUGACUGGGUUAUAGUUUAAUAAGAAUUAAAAUGACAUUAGUAUAAUAAACAAUUGCACUUUAAAACAUUUUAAAAAUUAAAAAAGUACACAACAAAUACCCCACAAUUAUACAUCUUACAGUUUUUAUACAUUACUAUAUGAACAUAGAGGUUAAUCAUAUAUAACCUUGUCAGAAGAAAUGGUAUUUUGUGUGUAUAAGUUACAAAAAGUUGAGACAAUAUACUACAUAGUGGUUUGUUCAGUUCUUAAAACAUUUUUGCUGUUUUCAAGUCAGUAGUAAUGACUUUUUUACCGAUUUCCAACACUUUAUCAGAAAUGGUUGCAACAAAGCUAAAGCAAAGUAACACUUCAUUGGUAUGUAGUGCAAAUUUGCGUUAAUUUAACACGAAAUGUCACUGUUGAACGUGUACACUUUAGAAAUGCUUCCACCAAGUACUGUACAUAAUACAGUUUCCAUUAUUACACUAGAUACCCUUAUGCUUGAAAAAAACUCUGCUUUUAAGCUUUAGAUUAAGACCAUUCUUAAAGAAAGCUCUAUUCUAUGUGAUAUAAGUGUACUGUAUUAGAAAAUUGCUUCAUUAUGUAUGUCAUGCACAAUAGCACCUAAUUAUGCUAUGCUUUUCAGAAUACCAGUGCCUUUAAUUUUUUUAAACCUGACUUAUUUCACCUUCCAUAUUUCUGCCUGGCUCCUUCUCCCAAAAAAUAACCCUAGAGAUGG